AUGACCCAUGAGUUUGAAUAUGUCCCCAAUAUACACCCUUUGAUUGCCAUAAGAAGCCCUAAUCAUAUAGUAAACCUGUGCUCUGUCUCCAGGUACAUCCUGGCUGAGGAGAUACCGGUUCGGUACGGCGGAUUCAAGAGGGAAAAGGAUUUCGAGUUCUCGAGCGAGGAUGGUCCCGUGUCGGAGCUCACCAUCAAGGCUGGAUCGACCGAAACCAUUGUGCUACCAGCCGAGGAGACCGGAAACACAUUGCUUUGGGACCUCACGGUGCUGGGCUGGGAGGUGAGAUACAAGGAAGAGUUUGUGCCGAGCGACGAGGGGUCGUACACAGUCAUUGUUCAGAAGGGAAAGAAGAUGGCGCCGAGCGAGGGGCCGAUCCGCAACACGUUCCGGAACAACGAGCCCGGGAAGGUCGUGCUCACCAUCGAGAACAUUACCGCCAAGAAGAAGAGGGUUCUGUACCGGUACAAGAACAAGAAGUGCUCCAGCUUCUGAGGUUUGAAAGAGACUCAGGUGGAGAUUCGUCACAUGUUUUUGGUUUCAAUGAGAGGAUUUGUCAUGUACUUAAUGUUUUUUUUGGUUUGGAAUUUGAGGGGAGUGAUUCUUACAGCGAGGUUAGAGAACAAAAGCUAGGUAGUCUUUU